AUGUCCGAAGACCGUUCUGCCUACCCAUUCAGCACUUUUCUCGACCAACAUUCUGGUCAACUAAAUGCAUCGGAUGUUCCACCUGAACUUUGGCAUAGUCUUUAUAAAAAACUGUCGGAUCAGACGUUUGAUGCUGGGGAUCACUUUCAAAUUAUUUGUGAGAUGAAUGAAGAUGAUGAGAAGACGCUUUUCGUCAGAGCUCUCGAGGAUUUGCAUAAUAAUGAUGAGGAUAAUAUUUUCCUUAUCGAUCAUUUCAUGUCAUUCUCAUCAGAAUCUGCUCGGAAGUGUGUUGAAUCGACAGAAGGACUCGUUGAAAGACUCGCCGGCCUUUUCGGUAUUGAUACCGACUCCACCGAGGAAGUAGAUGAAACUGUCGAGAAAAUCGAGACUUCCGUUGAAAAAGAAGAAGCUGAGCACGCAAAGAAGAUUAGCUCUGAAACUGGUAACCUGCCACGUCAUGAGUCAGUCGAUGCUCGUCUCUCCUCUUAUUCGGUCGAUGAUCCCAAAAAUGAGCUGACCGAGAAAGUAUUGAAAGCUCUGUGGAAAUAUUCUCAGACCUAUUCCGUAAGCUAUCAGUUGGAUAAUGGAGAAAUUGAGAAGAAAAGUGUUUGGUACGUGAUGGAUGACUUUGGAACUCGUGUUCGGCACUCUACCGAGCCAAAUGUUCGAAUCGUUCCAUUGAUGUUCCUUCCACAAAAUUGUGCAUAUAGUAUCAUGUUUCUCACGAAACCAGUAAACACUGAUGAAGAGAUCAUGAUGGAUUGGGCUUCCAAUGUUAUCACAGCUCAACAUCCAGAAUGGAGAAAAUACAUCGAACAACCGUGGGCUGCGCAGGAUUUCUCGAAAGAGACUAUGAUUCCGGAUGCACCGACGCUUGAAUACUUCACUUCUGGAAGGAAUCCUGACUUUUUGGCUGGUCCAACUGAGCAACAGACUUGCCAAUCGGCUAUUUUCACUUCAUUGCCAAUUUUGAAGAAGAGAAAAAUUAAGGUCUACGCUGACGAUACACAACUGACCGAGCAUCUUAAAAACCACAAAGUUGAAUAUGUGGAUGAUAUAAAAAAGGCUGACGUUAUUUGGAUGAUCAAACAUUUCCAUGAUUACAAGCAACUUUCGGAGGAAAAUCCAUGUGGAAUGAUCAAUCAAUUCCCAUUCGAAUCUUGCAUCACUGUCAAGGAUCUUCUGGCUGCUUGUGCAAUGAGAGAUCCUGCAAAGAACGAUUGGUAUCAGUUGACAUACAAUUUGAACACUCAACUACCGGAAUUCGUGGCGAGAUUUCAAAAUCGUGAGCUCAACGGACAGCAUAAUGUAUGGAUCGUGAAGCCGUGGAAUUUGGCACGUGGAAUGGAUAUGACAGUGACUGAAGAUUUGAAUCAAAUUAUUCGAAUGAUUGAGACUGGGCCCAAGAUUGUCUGCGAGUACAUUCCUCGCCCAUUGUUGUUCCCAAGGCCUGAUAACGGGAAUAAGGUGAAAUUCGAUCUUCGAUACAUCGUUUUCCUUAAUGGAAUUGCACCAGUUACUGCAUACGUCUACAAUAGAUUCUGGAUUCGAUUCGCUAUUAACGAAUUCAGUUUAUCUAACUUCGAGGAUGUGGAGACUCAUUUCACUGUAUUCAAUUAUUUGGACAAAGAGAAAAUUCUUCAAAUGAAAUGCGAAAACUUUAUUGAAACUAUUGAAAAAGCUUAUCCGAGGAUUCAAUGGAGUGAAGUACAGAAAGAUAUCAAUUUAACCAUUCGCAAGGCAAUCGAAGCAGCUGCAAAAGAAGAAGCUCCACGAGGAGUUGCUCCAAAUGUCCAAUCCCGUGCAAUGUACGGUGUUGAUAUUAUGCUUCAACACGGAGACAAUGACGUCAUCAAAUCCACUCUCCUCGAGAUUAAUUUCAUGCCGGACACCACUCGAGCAUGCCAGUAUUAUCCAGAUUUUGCUGACACUGUUUUUGAGACGCUUUUCCUGGAUGAAAUCGAUCCAACCAAAGUCACACCAAUCUAAUUUCGUGUUCUUUUUUGUUUUUUCUUCCAUAUUACGAUUGUUAUAUUAUUUUUUGUUAACUUAUUCUAUUUUCGGCACUGAAACUUCACCGUGUUCACGUUUUCAUCGGUGUUUUCUCGUAUUCCAGUGGAAAUUUUAUGAUCCUCUUUUCUUUAUAUAAAAUUUGCAUUCCUUU